AAUCCCCUUGCUCGAAUCUAGUGUUGCUCUUCUCGCCCCUCUACGGAGACACCCUGGGUCUCCAAAGUCGGGAUUUUGAUGGGUUUUUCGCCAGCUUCGCUAGGGUUUUCGGUCCGGUAAAUGAGAGAUUCUUGUCCAGAGAUAUUCAUUUUAGUUGGAUUGGCAUGAACUUUGAUGAAGAGCGCGAGCUAGGGUUCCUCAAAAGGGGGAUUAGGGAAUUGGGCUGGGGUUUUUGUUCCGAGGACGCCAUUCUUGUGGGCUCUGCUUUGGUUCCAUUUGGGCUGAUAUUUCCGUAUAUGGGGUGUAAACUGGGAUGUCUCAGUUCUGGUCGUAGUACCAGGAAAGGUCGAGCCGAUUUGGUUCUUGGGAUUACUGAUGCCCAUGGAAAGCCUUUAGAAUGUAAAAGUUGCUGCCUGGAGGUGGUCCAGCUGAAAUUGGCAAGGGAAAGGCCAGACUUUUGGGCCCUUUUCUCGGAAAAGAUUAAUGGGGGUGGACUUGUGAAGAUUCGAGUUAGUGAGGUCAGGAGGAGAGAUGAGUGGGCGCAAGUGUCUGAUUAUUCUGACUGGAUUGUUCUAUUGCGAGGAAUUUCUAGUGAUUCCGGGAAAGAGGCAGGAGAUCCUAAAAGAGAGUGCAUUGUUGACAGGGUUCUUGAAUUGCUUUGUUGUAUGGAAAAGGGCGAGUUUAUGGUAGAACAGCCCUUCUGGCAGCUUCUCCUGGCAUUCCUCUUUAGAAAGAAUUACUGGGCUUCAGUCUCUAUAUCUGAUAGCGAUGGAAACUCUCUUAAAGGUGUUCUAAAGCCAUUCACAGUUAACUAUGCGCUGCUCGGCGUUACGGAGAACAACAAUGUAGUUUCAUGUCAAUUAGCGGGCGAAGAGGCGUCUAAAACAUUUGAUAGUGGUAUAGCUGAUUCAUCUAAAACUAAGUACGGGAGAAGGAAAAGAAACAAAAUGGACGGACAUCUGCUGCAGGAUGUUACUUGGAGUACAUUCUACAAAGCAGUGUUUAGGCAAGAUGAAUAUUGUGCUCCAGAGAUGGAUCUGGAAGAAAUGUACUUUGCCACCAAAAAUACCAAAUCAAAGAAGCUGUCUUUUUUGAAAUGUUGGAUGAGGGAGAUGAAGAAAUCAAGUGAUUAUUGCCAAAUUAAACCAAAUGAACCGAAGACACCUCUGAGUGUUAAUGAGGAAGUGAAAGAGAGGCUUGAUGGACCAGACCCAGAGCCUAACUUAAAUGCUUCCUCUUCUCCUGAUCGAGGGCAAAAUCAUAAUUUGCCUUUAAACCAGGAGUUUUUAUCAUUUUCCUGCAAAGAACACUGGGAAGCUUUCCUCAAAAGUAUCCCUCAGAAGAUUGAGCAUGGAACUUUCUCAAAGGAAGUAGAUUUGUGGAAUUUGGCUAAACGACUGGUUAGUUGGUCUAUUGAUGCACUAUAUGCUAAAUUUGCAAACAAUGAGAUCAAUAACUCUGUAAACAAGGAAUUAGACGACUGUUCUGAAAUGAAUGUCCGUUCUGAAGUUUCUCGCCUUCUUUUAAUGAAACCGAAGGAUUUAUUGGUGAAGCACAGAAGCUCCAAUUCAGAAUCUGCAACAUUAAGAGAAUUUCCAGCAAAUUACAGUACAGAGAACAUAAUCCGACAGCAUGAGCUGCAGAUAUUGUUUAGAAUGGAGCUGCUACGGUCAAAGAUUGCAGUAAGCUUUGAGGAGAAUUUGAAACAGAAAAUGGUCAAGGAGAUCUGCUCGCUCUUGCAAAAUAUUGAGUUCUAUCUACAGGGGGACUUCUUGUGCGGUGAGAGUCUGCUGGAGUUUGCUGGAAAGACCAUUAAAUCUAGGUAUGCUCGUUCUCUGGGAGAUGUUAUUCACAAGAUCUAUGAGCAGAUGGAAUUUUUCUCAUUUGAUGAUAAUGAACUGGAAGCAUCAGAGUCAUUACUUGUUAGCAACAGUGAAGAAGCAAAAAGGGAUGAGAAUGAAAGUAAUAACACCCCUAAAGAUACAUUUGAACCAAUGACCAUAGCUUCCAGCAGUCAAAAUAAUGUCUACCUGCAUGCAAAUGAUGCAAAAGAAUUGCAACCUGAAGCUGAUAAUCUACAUGAUCGAAGGCUAAUGAAAGCCCAUAAACAAAGAGACAGAGCUCGGAGGUUGUCAUCUUUCACAAGCUGGGUUCCAGAUUUGCAUAGGGUUUGGGCCCUCAAGCAUCCAGGGAUGGAAAAACCUGCACUUGAUUAUCUCCCCAGCUCCAAGUGUAAGAAGAUGAAAAGGGAGAGGAACAAAACUGAAGUAGUGUGCGAAACUCCUAUGUCUCGGAAACAACAUUUACAUAUGCAAAAGGAUGAAGGCAGGCACUUGGAGAUUUCAAGUUUUGAUGAUAAUGCAUACAGAUCACUUUCAAAGGCCUUGUUCUUGAAUGAAUGAAUGAAUGAAUGAACGAGAUUUUGAUCCUAACAUGAUUGUUCGAUGGCAGGAAUCUGCAGGUGCUGAGGAUAUCCUUUAUGAAGAGGAUAUAACUGAUGGUUGAAAGCUGUUUUUGUUCUUCUGCUAAUUUUAAAUUGAGUUAUCACCAUUCUUGCAGUGAGCCAUGGAACCAAAGCUCUCAACUGCUCGGUUGUUGUAUUUGUUUCUAGCUAUGCUAUCUGCAGAUAUUAGUUGGAUGCUAAACCGUUCACCCCAAUAAUUUUUUUAUAAAGCAUACAAGUCUUUUCCGCGUGUA